UGCACCGUGCGUUUCUUGUAGCGGAUGGAACAUAGCAAUUUUUUUAAGCAGCUAGGAGAAACCGUGAUCAAUAGGCGCGGCAACUGGAGAGCGCUCGAAAUUCCAACCAUUGUAGUUGAGAUUCUCAGCAAAUAGGCAAAUGGAGUGUGAAAGCCUCACAAUUCUAGCAGUGCUUUUAGUAAUUUGUGUCAUGAACGAAGUGUCUGCGGAGCCUAGAUGGGGUUGGAGACGUCGUAGAUCAUGUCAAAAACAGGACUGCGUCCCGGGAACUUGGUCUGCGUGGAGUGCCUGUUCGCAUUCAUGCGGUCCGAGUGGAACUCAAUAUACAAGGCGGCCUAUUGCCAAGCCUGCAAAGUGCGGAGGGAAAUGUUUAGUGACCACGGUGGGAGCUAGGGUGUGCAAUCGCUUCUGCCUGAACGGUGGUUCACUGGUGCGUCUGAGUUGUCAGUGUAAGGCUGGGUACAGUGGGGUCUGCUGCGAGAAAGUUGCUGGAGGAUGGAGCAGUUGGGGAGCCUGGUGCGAGUGUACCAAGACCUGUGGCAGAGGGUCACAAUACCGCAAGCGAUCCUGCAUUAAACCCGGUGGGACCGGCUGCGUGGGGCCUUCCAGAGAAUAUAAAUCAUGUAUGAUAAGAAAAUGCAAGUUAGAUGGUGGCUGGUCUGCCUGGUCUAGCUGGGGACAAUGUACAGGAUCUUGUGGGACUGGAUUACAGACACGGAGACGGUACUGUACGAAGCCACCUCCUGGGUAUGGAGGAAAGAAAUGCAUGGGCGCAUCUCGACAGCACAGGAAUUGCGUACCUAGUAGGUGCCGAGAUGGAGGCUGGUCCUCUUGGUCAAGGUGGGGAAAAUGUACGGGAUCUUGCGGGACGGGAUUACAGACCCGAAAACGGUCCUGUACGAAUCCGCCUCCUGGAUAUGGAGGAAAGAAAUGUAUGGGCUCGUCCCAACAGCAUAAGAAUUGCCUUCUCAAGCGGUGUCCAGUAAACGGAGGCUGGACUCCAUGGAGUAAGUGGCGUGCAUGUUCUAAAACGUGUGGCACCGGGUCACAGUACCGCACAAGGAGCUGUACCAGGCCUCGCCCGGCAUAUGGUGGUAAAAAGUGUAUUGGGCUGGCUAGACAGACCAGAAGAUGUAAUACUCAUCAUUGUCCUGUUAAGGGAGGUUGGAGUCUUUGGAGUAAAUGGUGCACAUGUUCUAAAUCAUGUGGGACUGGGUCACAGUACCGCACAAGGUCCUGUACCAGGCCUCCUCCAUCAUACAGUGGAAAACGUUGUACUGGGCCUAGCAAACAAACCCGGAACUGUAACAGUCGCCGUUGUCCUGUUAAUGGAGGCUGGAGUCUUUGGAGUAAAUGGUGGGCUUGUUCUAGAAGGUGUGGCACUGGCACCCAGUAUCGUACAAGGACCUGCACCAGGCCUCGCCCAGCAUACGGUGGAAAACAGUGCACUGGGCUUAAAAAACAAACCCGGAAUUGUAAUGCUCAUCACUGUCCUGUCAACGGAAGAUGGUCAACUUGGGGUAGCUGGAGCGCAUGCUCAAAAACGUGUGGAAUCGGAAAGCAGUAUAGCAAGCGACAAUGUAACAACCCUGCACCAAAAUAUGGCGGACGGAACUGCUAUGGAUCAAAUGUCAGAUCACGAUCGUGCAAAGUUAAAACUUGUCCAGUAAAUGGAGGCUGGAGACUCUGGAGUAAAUGGUACUCAUGCUCUAAAUCGUGUGGGAGUGGAUGGCAGCACCGCACAAGGACUUGUACCCAGCCUCCUCCGGCUUAUGGCGGUAAACUAUGCGCAGGGUUAACCAAGCAAUCCAGACACUGCAACAUUCAGCGCUGUCCCGUAAAUGGAGGUUGGAGUCCCUGGGGUAAAUGGUGGGCUUGCUCUAAAUCGUGUGGCACUGGGUCACAGUUUCGAACAAGAACCUGUACCAAGCCUCCUCCGGCAUACAAUGGCAAACAUUGCGCUGGCGUGAACAAACAGACCAAGAGUUGUAACAUUCAUCACUGUCCUGUUCAUGGAGGAUGGUCAAAUUGGGGAAACUGGGGCGCAUGCUCAAAAACUUGUGGAGCUGGAAAACGGUAUAGCAAGCGACGUUGCGACAGUCCAGCGCCAAAAUAUGGUGGCAGGAAAUGCUAUGGUACAAACGUAAGAACCCAGGCAUGCAACGUCAAGCCUUGCCCAGUGAACGGUCGUUGGUCAUCAUGGGGAGAAUGGUCCGUGUGCACAAAGAGUUGUGGGACUGGAGGAAGUCAAACGCGCCGUCGAACCUGUACCAAUCCACCGCCGAAAUACGGAGGAGUGUGCAUUGGGCCGAGUGUUCAGACUAAAACAUGUCUGGUAAAAAGAUGUCCAGUGAAUGGCGGUUGGAGUGCGUGGGGCCACUGGCGCGCAUGCUCUGUGACGUGUGGCACUGGUACACAAUUCCGAAGUCGUUAUUGCAACAAACCCAGACCAGCAUACGGCGGUAAGUACUGUUCUGGACCGAGCAAACAGACGAAGAAAUGCAUAAACAAUCCUUGCCCAAUAAACGGUCGCUGGACAUUGUGGUCGACAUGGGAAGAUUGUUCUAAAACAUGUGGUUCUGGAACCAAGGCUAGGAGGCGAUCUUGUUCCAAUCCCCCGCCGCAGCAUGGAGGACGAGCGUGCACUGGGCCGAGUAUACAGACCAAGUCGUGUUUGCUAAGGAAUUGUCCGAGUUAUGUUAGUUGGGGUUCUUGGGGUGCAUGGUCAGCAUGCACCAAAACCUGCGGCGGUGGAACGCAGAAUCGUAAACGGAAAUGUCAAGGUUACAGUCCGGGAUAUGGCGACUGCGCAGGCUCAAAUGAAGAGACUCGCUUGUGUAACACACAAUUAUGUCCUGCUGUUGUAAAUGGUGGUUGGGGAGACUGGAGCGAUUGGAGCGCAUGCAGUGUAUCGUGUGGGUCUGGCACUAGCAUCAGGAGUAGGAAAUGCGACAAUCCGCCCCCAGGUCCCGUUGGUCAACCUUGUCAGGGACCUCCUUUCUCAAACAAGGCUUGUAACGAGGGACCGUGUCCUGUUGUAAAUGGUGGAUGGGGAGACUGGAGCGAUUGGAGCGCAUGUAGCGUAUCGUGUGGGCCUGGUACUAGCAUCAGGAGUAGGAAAUGCGACAAUCCGCCCCCAGGCCCUGGUGGUCAACCUUGUCAGGGACCCUCUUCCUCAAACAGGCCUUGUAACGAAGGACCGUGUCCUGUUGACGGUGGUUGGGGAGACUGGAGCGCUUGGAGCGCAUGCAGCGUGACUUGCGGGCCUGGCACUAGUAUUAGAAGCAGGAAGUGUGAUAACCCAGCCCCAAGCUCCGGCGGCCAGCCAUGUGUUGGACUUCCCUUCGCAAACAGGCCUUGUAACGAAGGAUCGUGUCCAAACAGUAGAACUCAGUCACUGACACACUGUCCAGCACUGGAGGUGACCGGUUACAAUUGGUUCUCGGUCUCAGGUGACGACUGUUGGAGCGAAUGGAGCGACUGGAGCGACUGCAGUAAAGCUUGUGACUGCGGCAAGAAAUACAGAGUCCGUUACUGCAAGUGCGGUCAUGGGCAGGGGAAUGACAAAUGUCAAGGGCAGACUGAUAACUCACAGAGUUGUAACUGCCAAGCGUGCCCCAACGGACCUCCUGCUGAUGACGUAACGGAAGGUUAAAGUCACCAAGAAGCAUUGGAGACACAUACUUAGUAGUUUGCGAAUAAAUCUAGCCCUUUUGCGACGAGUGAAACUUUUUCAAAGAAAUUUGACAUUAAGAAGGUCAUGUUAUCGACAUAGUCUGUUCUCUUUUUCUUUCUUGACAAACUGUUAACCCUAAAACUAAAUAAGCUUUUGGAGCUUCUGUUUGCCUUUUCGAUCUACCAGAUCAUGUACUGGACGUCUUUGUGUUUGUACAUCUAACAAUCAACAGGCAUGCCAUGGUUCAAAUUCAUAGCUAAAUAAACGGUGCUUACAAUUUCUGUGGCAGUGCUUGUAGUUCUUCUUUGACUUGAGAAACGUUUUAUGU